CUAUUCAAUUGACUUGACAGGAUCAGAUCUGCACUGAAAAGUCCUUGAAGAUUAAGUAAAAAAAAUCAUGGAUCUGGAGUGGAAUAUUAACUAACGGGUUAAACAUAUGUUAUAAGAAAGCUGCGUUUCCAUUGCUGCGCUCACAGUCACAGACAGACAAGAGAGGGACGGACUUGGACGCACGUCAAGAAGUCCACCGACCGAUGCGACGCUAGUGCCAAAAACACUUCAGAAAAUAAACGAGAAAUGGGGAAACGAAAGGAGCUCAAAUCGGAAAUUCAUGAAAGUGGAAAGACAAGCAAAUCACAGAAACUAUGUGGAACCAACUACCCUGUCUGCAUCUCCUUCAUUGUGGUGAAUGAGUUCUGUGAACGCUUCUCCUACUAUGGCAUGAAAGCGGUGCUGACGCUGUACUUCAUCAAUUACCUGCAUUGGAACCAGAACCUGUCCACAGCAGUGUACCAUGCCUUCUCCAGCCUCUGUUACUUCACCCCUAUUCUGGGGGCCCUCAUUGCUGACUCCUGGCUGGGCAAGUUCAAGACCAUUGUUUACCUCUCUGUUGUCUAUGUGCUCGGUCAUGUCGUCAAGUCGGUUGGGGCCAUACCGAGUGUGGGGGACUCGACCAUACACAUAGCAUUGUCUAUGGUGGGGCUGAUCCUUAUAGCCUUUGGUACAGGAGGCAUCAAACCCUGUGUAGCAGCGUUUGGAGGUGAUCAGUUUGAUGAAGAACAUACGAACGAAAGGAGGAAAUUCUUCUCCAUUUUCUACAUGUCCAUCAACGCUGGGAGUGUCUUAUCGACAGUCAUCACUCCAAUACUGAGAGGAAAUGUGCAGUGUUUUGGCGGUGACUGCUACGCUCUUGCUUUCGGAGUACCAGCCAUUUUGAUGGUCAUUGCUCUAGUCGUGUUCAUCUCUGGAAGUGGGAUGUAUAAGAAGAGUCCACCUGAGGGGAACGUCUUAUUGGAUGUGUGUCGGUGCCUGGGGUUGGCCAUCAAGAACCGGUGGAUGAGUUCUAAGUAUGACUCUAAGAGGAAACACUGGCUGGACUGGGCAGAGGAGAAGUAUCCGAAACGUCUGAUCCAUGAGAUUAAGAUGGUCCUGAGGGUUCUGGUGCUCUUCAUCCCUCUGCCCAUGUUCUGGGCUCUGUUUGACCAGCAGGGAUCCCGCUGGACUCUCCAGGCCACCCGGAUGAACAUGGCCUUUGGAUCAGCAUUCGUUCUGAAGCCUGAUCAAAUGCAGAUGUUAAACGCUCUGCUGAUCCUCAUGUUUGUGCCUAUCUUUGACGCGGUUGUCUACCCACUCAUAGGCCUGUGCAGGAUCAAUCUCACGCCGCUGAAGAAGAUGGCUGUUGGUAUGAUCUUUGCAGCGCUGGCCUUCGGUGCUGCCACCUUGGUGGAGGUCAACGUCAUGAAAACAGUGGUGGAGCCUGCACCUCGUGGACAGUGUCUGCUACAGGUCUACAACCUGGCUGACAGUGACGUCAAACUAAGCAUCCCUGGGAGUAACCUAUUCUCACAACCUAUCAAAUCCUAUGAGGAUCCUCAAGCAUAUCAGCAUCUUGAACUGGGGGGACACAACAAGACCAUCACUGUGGGGAUCAAUGACAAUGGACACUUUCAUGAGUGUAGAGAGACUUUCACAGAGCAGAAAGCCUACAGUCUCGUCCUGCACAGCAAAACCUCCGGAAUAGUGUGUCAACUAGCGACAGACAACAUACUUAAAAGUGAAAAAAUGGAAGCAUACCUGAGGUUCAUAAACACGCGGAGUGAGGCUGUGAACGUAACGAUGGCUGGUUUGGACUUUCACGUACCCGCUGACUAUGGCAUAUCUCCCAAUAAGAGUGUGGAAAGAAAGGAGUAUACAAGUGUGAGGUGUACAUCAGGCUCACAGGAUUUCUCCAUCAACCUGGGCCUGCUCGACUCUGGAGCUUCAUACACAGUCAUCCUCAAAGGGGGCUCUGGAGACAUCAUUCCCCAGAAGAUGGAGGAUGUGAAGGUUAUUAUUUCUCUUCUUUUCUCUCUGCAUUGUUGGGAAGGGCCUGCCAACAAUGUUCACAUAGCCUGGCAGAUCCCCCAGUAUGCCCUGAUGACAGCAGGAGAAGUCAUGUUCUCCAUCCCAGGCAUCGAGUUCUCCUAUUCACAGGCCCCAGCCAACAUGAAGUCACUGCUGCAGGCCGGCUGGCUGCUGACUGUAGCCUUUGGCAAUGUCAUUGUGCUAAUCGUAGCAGAGGGGGCAGGUCUGGAUCAGUGGAUGGAGUUCCUGCUGUUCGCUGGCCUCCUGGUGGCAGUCUGCAUCAUCUUCUCCAUCAUGGCUUACUUCUACACCUACGUAGACCCAGGCGAGCUAGACAAGCUGUUCCCAGACAAGACAGUCAAUGAGGCUGAAGAUGACCUGAAGAAGGACCAGACAGACGACACUAUGUACUUGAACUCAAUAGAGAAGAGCACCAAUAUGUAGUCUGGUGACUGAAUUCAGAGUAUUUCCCUCUCAGGAGAUUUGUAAGCCCCCAGUGUGGAAUCUUUUUUGUUUUAUACAUUUGUAAAUCGAAGCAAAGUAUUAAGAUAUGGGGAUUGAGUGUAUUUUACUUGCUGAACCUUACUGUAUGUUGUUAGUUAUUGUCACACCCUGUCUGUGUGAUCUUAUAGUAUGGACUAACCACAGUCAGCACUCCAACUGGGACACUUCUCAAAAUCUGGAGGUCAAACCAGGACCGGUGGUAACAAAACACAUUGUUCAAA